CCGCCCAUCCUCUACGAAGACCCAAUCGGAAUGCGAAAGGGGAUGCCACGCCCCUCUGGCCCCGCCUCCGCCGCCUCGGAGAGAGACACACAAACAACUCGCUUGCUGCAGCCCUGCACAAAGAGUGCGCACUGCGCAGGCGCUGCCAACGGGCUCUUUCGGGAAGAGUCGGUCCCGCGAACAAUGAAGUUCCGUUUCAGCCCCACCUGCCCUACCUCCCCCACUCUUCUCGUUCCGCACCCCCGCACCUCGCCCUGAAGGCUUCGGUCAGACUGCAAGAUCAAGGCUGAAUUUGGGAAUGGGAGUUGGGGCGGGAGCUAGGGGAAAAGAAUCUGGAAGCAUCAAGGCCACUGACGACUCUUCGGCCGCUGACCUUGGGGAAGUAUUUAUUUCAAGCUCAACAUAAUAACGUUAUUAUUUUUAUUUAAGAUUUCAAAGUACAUUGUAGUGAUUUCAUUCUUCUCAAUCAUAAAGAAAACCAGUACACAUUUAAGUUACAUUUGAUGAAGUGUGACUCACUUUUUUUCAUUAACUCGGCUGAGAAACGCCGCUCAUUAACUAUGGUAAUUGGAGUAAGAAGGGAGUGACUUACUGAUUGAAAUUGGCCUCUUAAUUUAUGCAAAGUUCUCCAUAAAUCCGUAAUUGGGCAUUGGAAAUGUUACUGCUUUCGUACUGUGGGACUUUGGGAUCGCGAAUCAGUGACUGAUACUGAGAAGGAAGCAAAGGAGGAGGCUUGCGUCUCAGAAAGUGAAACAGGUUUGCGACAUGCAGUGCAUUUUGCUAGCUGUGUUGAUAGAAAUCUCAUCAUCUGCCCGAACUAUGCUCUCACACAAAAAGAAUUGUGGCUAUUUAUUAAGCACUUACGUACCGCGAACUGUUCUUUACAUAAAUUAUCUCAUUUGAACCUCGAAACAACUCUAAGGAAAAGGUACUAUAUUUUAUCUCCAGUUUACAGGAGAGAACGGGCUUAGGGAGGCAAAAAGAACUUGUCAAACACCAUACAAUAAGCUAACGGCAGGAUCUGAACUCCAAGUUUGACGAAAUAUCCAGAGAAAUGCUUCCCAAUAACUUUAUGUAAACAUUUAAUACUACGUUCCAUCGUUACUGAUUGCUGGACUUCCUCAUUUUUGCUGGAUUUUACUCACUUCUGUGUUUCCAACACUUAAAACAUAGUAAGUGCUCCUGAUCGUUGGAUGAAUGGGAAUCAUACACUUCCAGAGCUGUAAAAGAUCUUAGCCUUUCACUUGACGUCAGGUCUUGAAAAUUGAAGUUGGGAGUUCAGAUCCCUUGAGGAGAAUGGUCUGGCAAGAGUGAUCCCAUGAGGAGAAUGGCCUGGCAAGAGUUGAUGGAGGAGAGCAGGCAAAGAGUACGGAACCUCUGGAAUGAGGUAACUUGUUCUUUUGGAAGAUUCUUACCUCUGAAGACAAUGUUGGGACCAAGGUAUGAUAGUCAAGUUGCUGAAGAAAAUCGGUUCCAUCCCAGUAUGCUAUCAAAUUAUCUAAAGAGUCUGAAGGUUAAAAUGGGCUUGUUGGUGGACCUGACAAACACUUCAAGGUUCUAUGACAGAAAUGACAUAGAAAAAGAAGGAAUCAAAUAUAUAAAACUUCAAUGCAAAGGACAUGGUGAGUGCCCUACAGCGGAGAAUACUGAGACAUUUAUUCGUCUGUGUGAGCGGUUUAAUGAAAGAAACCCACCUGAACUUAUAGGUGUUCAUUGUACCCAUGGUUUCAAUCGUACUGGUUUCCUCAUAUGUGCCUUUUUGGUGGAGAAAAUGGAUUGGAGUAUUGAAGCAGCAGUUGCUACUUUUGCUCAAGCCAGACCACCAGGAAUUUAUAAGGGUGAUUAUUUGAAAGAACUUUUUCGUCGCUAUGGUGAUAUAGAGGAAGCACCACCCCCACCUCUAUUGCCAGAUUGGUGUUUUGAGGAUGAUGAAGAUGAAGAUGAGGAUGAAGAUGGAAAAAAGGAAUCAGAACCUGGGUCAAGUGCCUCCUUUGGCAAAAGGAGAAAAGAACGGUUAAAACUGGGUGCUAUUUUCUUGGAAGGUGUAACUGUUAAAGGUGUAACUCAAGUAACAACUCAACCAAAGUUAGGAGAAGUACAGCAGAAGUGUCAUCAGUUCUGUGGCUGGGAAGGGUCUGGAUUCCCUGGAGCACAGCCUGUUUCCAUGGACAAGCAAAAUAUUAAACUUUUGGAGCAGAAGCCAUAUAAAGUAAGCUGGAAAGCAGAUGGUACUCGGUAUAUGAUGUUGAUUGAUGGCACAAAUGAAGUUUUUAUGAUUGAUAGAGAUAAUUCAGUGUUUCAUGUUUCAAAUCUGGAAUUUCCAUUUCGUAAAGACCUUCGUAUACAUUUAUCAAAUACUCUCUUAGAUGGGGAAAUGAUUAUUGACAGAGUAAAUGGACAGGCCGUUCCUAGAUACUUGAUAUAUGACAUAAUUAAAUUCAAUGCACAGCCGGUUGGAGAUUGUGAUUUUAAUAUUCGUCUACAGUGUAUAGAACGAGAAAUAAUAAAUCCUCGACAUGAAAAAAUGAAGUCGGGGCUCAUUGACAAAACACAGGAACCAUUUAGUGUCAGAAAUAAGCCAUUUUUUGACAUCCAUGCUUCAAGAAAGCUACUUGAAGGAAAUUUUGCCAAAGAAGUUAGCCAUGAAAUGGAUGGACUCAUUUUUCAGCCCAUUGGAAAAUAUAAACCUGGUCGAUGUGAUGAUAUUUUGAAAUGGAAGCCUCCCAGUCUGAAUUCUGUGGAUUUUCGCCUAAAAAUAACAAGAAUGGGAGGAGAAGGGUUACUUCCUCAAAACAUUGGCCUUCUCUAUGUUGGAGGUUAUGACAGACCCUUUGCGCAAAUCAAGGUGACAAAAGAGCUAAAACAGUAUGACAACAAAAUUAUAGAAUGCAAAUUUGAGAACAACAGCUGGGUCUUUAUGAGACAGAGAACAGACAAAAGUUUUCCUAAUGCCUACAACACUGCCAUGGCUGUGUGCAACAGUAUCUCAAACCCUGUCACCAAGGAGAUCCUAUUUGAGUUCAUCGACAGAUGUGCGGCAGCUUCUCAAGGACAGAAGCGCAGACAUCAUCUGGACCCGGACACAGAGCUCAUGCCUCCACCACCUCCCAAAAGACCUCGCCCUUUGACCUAAGACCUGCCUCUGACUUCAGGACUGAGAGGAAAGAUGAGUGAGGAAGAAUACAGUUGCCCCAUUUUUUGGCAACCAGAGAAAUUCAAAAAAGAGUGCAGCUUAAUGUUGAUACACAUUUGACUUUUUUUUUAAAAAAAAAAAGAAAAGUAUUGUAGCCAGCCUGUAAAUAUUUGAUGCAUUUGUUUCCUCAGUGCUACAGUACGUCAUGGACUUAAACAUUUUAUUUAUAUCUGAUAAACUCAGCCUUACCUUGUGGAAUCUGAAGAUUGAAAUAUCCAAAGGUUUAAAUGAGAUCGAAAUCAAUGAAAAAGAGGCCUUGUUUAUAUAUGGGUAACUUUCGCUUUAAUUUAUAAAUUUAGCAAUCUGGAACUGUGAGCACAUAGAACACUGUCUUUUUUAGAAGUUGUCUUUCAACUAUGGUAAAUUUUCCUUUUACAAAAUUUAGGCAAUGGCAUUAAACAUUCUUGCUGUCAUUUAACAUGGAUUUUUCCUACAUUUCUGAAAUUCUUGUAUUCAAAAACAAGUAUCAAGGUUGUUAAAUAUUGUACUAUACUAAACAGCUUGGUCUGGCUUAUAUCAUUUUAAGAAGUUUUUUUUUUUUUUUGGAAAUGUAAAAGCAAAAAAGUAAAGCUCCAUUUUUGUGAAUUUCAUCCUUUCUAAAGAAAGUAUGUUGAGUGUUUUCAUCUGUUUCUGUUGUUUGGGAUACAGUAUCAGGUAGCCAGUGUGUCCACUCUGGCAGUGGUCUCGAGUUACUUCAUGGGACUUACAGGCACACUGCCCGGUCCUGUUAUUGGUUGUUCUCCCAGAAGACUUUUUUUUUUUUUCCCAGUGCCAGGGCUACUUCUGCUUUACCUCAGCAUUAUCAGCGCAUUGUCAAUUACGUUGAAACACACAGCUCACUGUGAUUAUGGGAGUGAUACCAAAUACACACAGUGUUGUGUUAGUUCCCUUGCACAAAACAGCAAAGGAAAUGCCAACUGACUCCUUUGAUUAGAAGGUAAUGUCAACGCAAGAGAGUGCUGUCACCAGAAAAUGCUCUCCCACUGCUAGAUAAAUGCAGAGGCAAAGACUAGACAUCUGUAGGAACUGAACAUCAAGGAAGCCAAGACAUUCAUUUUCAAAGCCAGAAUUCUAUCAUAUUCUAUUCUGGGAGUGCUAUUUCUGUUGUACAUCUGAAUUUUAAAACGUUUACUGAUAGAUAAUGGAUUGAAAGAGCAGCUAAUUGGUCAUAAGCCAUUGUCGAGAAACCGUGUUCUGAUUGGUUUGAGAAGGAACUCUGAGAAUUAGCCUACUAGAGGCUAACGUAUUUAUUUUUAGAGGUACAGGUUUUAAGUGUGUGUAUUUAAAACAAAUUUUCAUGAUCUGAAUUUUAUAUAUGUAUAUGCAUAUACAUGUGAGUAUAUGCAACAGUGUAUAUUCUUCUACUAAUAGACAUGAAAAUCCAAAUGAGUCACCUGGUAGACUGGAUAUCUGAUAGGAUUUCUAUCUGAAAUAGCACAGAUUAACCAAAAAUGUAUUUAUAUGCACCUGAGUUUUUGUGUUUUUAAGCAAAAUUUUCUCCUGCAGUGCUUUUCUAGAUGAAAUACUAGAGUCCUGCUCGGGCUUCUUUCUUUAUUGGUCCCAGGUUCUGGAAUGUACAGUGAAUUUAUUCAAAAGGCCAUUUUAGCAUUUCUUUCCUAGAGUACUUUUGUGGGUGUGAGUGCUACAGGAAUUAAAACAUCUGAUUGCCACAGUGGCUGUUGAAAGACAGAAAUUGGUAAGGCUUCAUGGUGUCUUGUACAGAGUGGAUCUAAAAAAAUGCCUAUGCAACUCCAAAUAGCCUGAUGCCUGCGCCACCGGGAUUAGUGGCUCUUUUCACGCAGUCCAGUGCUUUCUUCCAAGCCUGUGUAAUGCAGAAGCCUUUUGCAGAUGUAAGAGCAAGCUUUUGUCCAUGAUCUUUAAUGGAGUUAAAAUGUUUAUGGUAAUUGUAACCUUUUAAAUGAGUUUCGUGAAAAGAGCAUCUCAUUUUUAAUACACCCAGAUAUUUUCUCCUUGCCUUUGUGCAUUUUCCAGGACUUAAUUUUCUUGAUUUAUCUUUUCCCUUUCAAUUGUAGCGAAGAAUAAUAAGUAGAUGCUAUCUAGCCCUUGGACACAUUACCAUCUGCGUUAUCAUAAAAAGUCAUCCAGAAAGUCAGGGGGUUGGAAAUGUCGAGGUGGGAUUUGGAAGAUCAUGAAGGAAACUCUUUCUUUCUCAGCCCACUUCAUAAUAACUAUUUUCUGACACUGAAGUUCUGUAGACGAGAAUAAGAAAAGUUUACUUUCCAGAGUUAUCACGUAUAAAAGCUCUGCCUUGUGUUCGGAAAAGACAUGGCUGACUCGACUGCCUGGAUGGUUACAUUUGCUUUCCAUGAAUUGCCCGGAAGAUGUCAGGACAUUCCUUCUCUAAUUGUGUGUCAGUGCGCAUUGUAAUAAAACUACUGAUUUAAAAUAACAAA